AUGAAUCCAUUUUCGACGUAUCGUUUUAUAAAUGCUGAAGAAAUAAUUAAAGCCAAUAUCCGUCCUAAUCACAUUCCUGAAGAUAUUAAAGGUUUAUUGGAUACAUUACUCCCUGUGACAUAUAUAACUAAAUCAGAUUUACAAAGAGCAACAAGUCUUCAUACAAAUGUUAUACAAAAACUUGAUUCAAAAUUACAUACAUUGAAAUUAUUGCAAUACUUUGGUUAUAAAUUGGAUCAAAAAGGUAAUUAUACUUAUCAACCAACCGAUUCACAUGGUGAAAUAACACAUCGUCAAAAUGCCACUAAUGAAUUUAAACGAUUUUAUAAUGAUUUGAAAAGAAUUAAGGAAGGAACUUUUGAUGGCUUUACACAGUACAUUAAAUUUCGUUCACAAUCACCACCAUUACCGAAUUCUUCGGCAGUUAAAGAAGGCAAUGAAAAAACAUCGGAAAAAAUAAAAUCUUUUAAGGAAAGCAUUGUACCAAGACAUGGUGGACGACCUGCACAUAAUUUUAUCCGCCGGAAAUUAUUACUUUUUUUAUACAAACAGAAAUAUCCUCAAUCAAUUGAGUUUGGUGAUGAAUUAAUUGACGACGAAAUCGAUCGACUUGUACGUGAAUUAAAACAAAAAGAUGAAAGUCACGAUCGAUCUUCUGGUGAUGAAGUUUAUUUUGAAUGUUUAAUUCGUACAAAUUUCGACAAGGAAGCUGCAGUUAACAUACUACGUCAUAAUCGACCGAAUUUAAAACCACCUCCUCAACCCGAAGCUUCACGAGAACCAACUACAACAACAAUUGCUCGUAGUAUACGACCUUUACAACAACAAUGGGGAUUACUAAAUGCAGAUGCAGAAGAAAAUGCAGCUCCUCAAAUGUUAUUACAUGAAGGCGAUGUAAGAAUUAACCAUUUUCAUAGAAAAGGACGGGGGGCGAUUUCUACAGAAAUCGGCCCAAUUGAAUUUUAA